AUGCACAACAUGCAAAUUUAAUUACAUUGAAAAUAACCGUGACUACUGGCUGUGGAAACGAAACCAAAGCAAAAAGAAGAACGUGGGCGGGACAAUUUGGGCUCAAACAAUGCACUUCCUGUCCAGUUCAGCGAGCAGAGCCCUCGUAUACGAAUGCGUUCCACACUCAAUCUCACACACGUGAUGUUACCGCUGUGCUAUUAUUGUUACAAAGUAGUUUCAUGUAGAAGUUCCUCGAGCUUUUGAGAACACAAACGGUCGUAUCAACAGAAAUAAUUUGUUUUACCGAAACCUCAAUCGCAGGCUAUAUAGUCCUCCGUGAAGCGUUCGCCGAGAGGACAAAUAUCAGAAAUAAACACAAAUAAUCAUGACUGAAGCUGAAGUGAAUCCCAAGGCCUACCCCCUGGCCGACGCCACACUGUCCAAAACCAUCCUGGACCUCGUUCAGCAAGCCUCCAACUACAAACAGUUGAGGAAAGGGGCCAAUGAGGCCACCAAGACAUUGAACCGUGGUAUCUCCGAGUUCAUUGUGAUGGCUGCUGAUGCUGAGCCACUGGAGAUCAUCCUCCACCUGCCACUGCUCUGCGAGGACAAGAAUGUCCCCUAUGUGUUUGUGCGAUCCAAACAGGCCCUGGGGCGCGCCUGUGGGGUCUCCCGCCCGGUCAUCGCCACCUCGGUCACCAUCAAGGAGGGUUCUCAGCUGAAGCCCCAGAUCCAGUCUACCCAGAUGGCCAUUGAGAGACUGCUGGUCUGAUCUGGUUACUUAUCUGCUCUGUUUGUAUUGGAUAGUCUGAGAGACUAUAUCAGGGAGAUGGAUUAUGUUUUGUCUUUGGAAGAGACAUUUUGUGUACAUGUAUCUAUUUUACUUUUGUCAGGGACAUGCAAAUAAAAUGAUUAAUGUCCA